AACAGCAGGUGCAGCAGGAAGAGCAGCUGGAUUUGUACGGAAGCUUCUAUCAGCGCUGGGCAGAUAAUAAUAAUUAUGAGCAGUUGCCGGAUUCAUGCCGUCUUGGACCAGCCAGUGGGAAUGCAAGCGGAUCUCCCACAUCAUCUUUUGAAAUACCACCAUUCGUGGAAUCUACUGAUGACGAAGCAUCCGACGACGAAUUAGAUUCAACGCAAUCCGACUUCGUCACUCCUGAUACUGGUCCAGCACAGCAGAACAGUAGGGAUGUGGCCAGCGACGUGGGAGAGCAGAACUCCGCCGACAAUCUUCGGAGAACUUGCACUCGACCAAGCAACAUGGGAAAGCACGAACCUACAGCUAAACAGGACGCCCCGGUGUGCAGUGAAAGUGAGGGGAUUACUGGCAGUGGUAGCGAACACUUGGCUUCUUCGAUGGGUCGCGGAAUUCAUCCCAACAACGCGAAUGCUGCCGGCCACUCGAGUGUCCAUACAAAACGAACGGAUAUGUACGAACAAUUUUGCGGAAGCCGCAACGAAGCUCAUUCGAACGAACAACAAAAACAAGCAUUUCCGGGACUGAAGAAAGAG